AUGUCUGAAGUUGCCAACGCUGUCCUCUACAAGCCCAACGAGCACGCCGACGAGUACCAAGUCUUUGUCGACGACGUUGCCGAGUAUGAGGCCUGGAAGGGAGGUGCCAAGGACAUUGCUCUUUCCCGCUUCCUCGGUAUCUUCUCAAUUUUUAAGUCUGCCACCUCUGGACACACUGGCUCCCUUGGUGCCAUCUCUAAACAGGAGGUCGAGAAUGUCUUCUUCGGUGACGACAAGAAUGUCAAGGACAAGUCUGUCGAGGCCGCCAUUGUUAUCAUCCUCGAAAACGGCAAGCUGCACAAGGGAGACCUUGCCCACAGCAACAAGAUCAACAAGAACCCCGCUCGUGGAUUAGGCGACACCCGAGCUCCUGGUGCCGCCCAGGGCUCUCACCGCUAG